UUGAGGCAUACAGGAGGUCUAGCACAGGAGCUGACCCAGCUGUUCUAGAACGUAUGGUGACCCGGUAUAAAUAUAUAUAGGUCAGCUGUGUACGGGUGAGAAAAUGCCAAGCGUUUCAAAACCGAAGACUUUCCAGCCAAAGUAACACUGUUUCUGCAGUCCGCACCGAUUACCAACAAAGCCUUUUCUCGUGACACUUGUUGAAAAUGGCUCUGAACGUUCCUGGUUUAAUAGCCGUGAUCAUCUUUUAUGCCUUGACUUUAGCAACUGGGUUAUGGGCUGCCUGGAAAGCGAAGAAGACGGAAAAAAACCAAUCGCAGACAGAGGUGGCCAUAGUGGGAGGGAGAAACAUGAAUAUAUUUGUUGGACUCUUCACUACAACCGCUACAUGGGUUGGAGGUGCCUAUAUCAAUGGUACAGCAGAAAUUGUUUACCUUCCUUCUAGAGGGCUGGCCUGGGUCCAUGCACCUUUAGGAUACGCGGCAUCAUUUGUCAUCGGUGGAUUUUUCUUUGUGAAGCCGAUGAGGUCUAAAAAUUACGUUACCAUGAUGGACCCUCUGCAAGAAAAGUUUGGAGGCACGAUGGGGAGUAUCCUUUUCAUCCCACCGUUGUUGGGUGACGUUUUUUGGUUUGCAUCUAUUCUUGCAUCAUUAGGGGCCACUGUGAGAGUUAUCCUGGAUGUGGACGGCCACCUGUCCAUCAUUAUUUCUGCUUGUACAGUUAUUCUCUAUACGUUACUUGGUGGUCUGUACUCUGUUGCCUACACAGACGUCAUCCAGCUUCUCUUUAUGAUAGUCAGCUUGUGGAUUUGUGUACCAUUUGCUCUUGUAAAUUCAGCAAGCGAAAACAUUGCUUACACGGCAGUGAAUGAAUUAUACCAAGUUCCGUGGACUGGUACCAUAGAGCCAAGAUAUAUUGCGAGAUGGCUGGAUGAUCUGGUAUACUUGGGCCUGGGAGGCAUUGCAUGGCAAACAUAUUUUCAGAGAAUUCUGGCUGCCUCUACUUCUAAACAAGCCACGGUCAGCUCCUGUUUGUCGGGGCUUCUGUGUGCUGUGAUGGCCGUUCCAUCAGUUGUCAUUGGUGCAGUUGCCGCCUCCACAGAUUGGAACCAGACUACCUACGGCUUGCCAACACCCAAUGAGAGAGGGGAGUCCAACAUGAUAUUGCCCCUUGUUCUGCAGUAUCUGUGUCCUACAUACAUCUCGGUGGCAGGACUCGGGGCUAUCGCAGCCGCAGUGAUGUCCUCUGCAGAUUCCUCGCUGUUAUCAGCCAGUUCUAUGUUUGCGUACAACAUAUACAAAAAGCUGCUGAGAAAAAAGGCCUCUGAGACGGAGGUUCUCUGGGUGAUGCGACUCUCCAUGGUCAUCCUUGGAUCUGUUGGCAUGGGUCUAGCCUUCCUGUCAAAAUCUGUGUAUGAUUUAUGGUUCCUCAGUGGAGAGCUGGUGUUCUCCCUCUUAUUUCCACAGUUGUGUUGUGCUCUUUUCAUCUCGGGCACCAACGUGUAUGGCUCGGCAGCGGGCUUUGUCCUUGGCUUUAUAUUAAGGCUCCUGGGAGGAGAAAAUACCCUAAAGAUUCCUCCCGGUUUGCAUUACCCGGGAUGCACUUUGGUAGAUGGUGUCUACGUCCAGCUAUUCCCGUUCAAAACAUUCACUAUGUUGGUUAGCUUGAUUACUAUCGUGGCCGUAUCGUAUUUGGCACGGGUUUUGUUUAAGAAAGGAGGAUUGCCGUUGAAGUGGGAUGUAUGCAAUGUAUUCAGAGAAGAAGCAUGUCACCAACUGCAUCAUGAGCUGGAAAAUCUACAACAAAACAGAGAACAUACAAGCGAUUGAAACAAAUUAUCGUUUACCACCAAAAAAAUAGAAAAAAUGCAAUUAUUAUGCUGGAAAAAAUACAUAUUUCUGAUUUAAUUUUCUAGAAAAGAUUAAAAGUAGAAAGAGUUGAGUUGUGUAAAUAUAUAAAGCAGAGAGACCUCACAGAUAUCUCUCCAGUUACUGCUACAUAAUGUUUAGUAGACAACAUCAACAAAGGCAAGGAGUCUGCCAAUGCAUCGUGUGAGUUGUAUUUCUACUGUAUAGCAGAGUUUUUCUGUUGGCUGCUCUCGGUAUAGAUUAUGGUACCUGAUCUUGCAUUAAAAUGUAUAAAGUUGUUUUUUUUUUUUUUUUUAAAUAAAAUUC